AUGGACGCCCUUCAGGAAGUUAGCUCUAAUCCCGUAGUCGAGACGGAGGAAAAAGUUUCAGAACUGUUUCCGGAAACGGAGUCGACAGCAAAUGAAACAUCAUCAUCGCAGUCAUUGAUGGACUCGUCAGUGUCGCCAUCGGUCCUUGUUCAAAGAGCACAUGAACAAGUACACCAGUCUGCAAAGAAAGAAGUCGACAAGGCAUCAAAGAAGAAGGUCUCUAAACCUGUUGUAGAUGUUCACUCGGAAACAGCAUUCCCUAGUCUCACUCCUUCUAAUGCUGAUGCUCCUAAGACACGCCGUCCUCUUGCUUGGGUGAAAGGCAACACAGCGUCCAGCGCAAGCUCGAGGACAAAGUCUCCGGCCUCUAGUGCUGCUUCCCCUACUGCUUCGGCGAAUAAAUCAAAGUCUGUUUGCGUGGAGACUGUUACGAUGACCCCCGAGCAACAAGCUCCUAUCAGAGAGUUUGGAAAGCAGGGCUCGGUAGGCGAAAUCAUUAAGGGUAUUAUUACAAAGACCAAUACUUCUAUUAAUGUUUCAACUGCUUCACGCACUAAGACAACGACCUAUCUCAUUCGUGGUAAGGCUGCCGAUGUUGAGCUGGCUAAGCGUCUCGUGUACAAAAACUUUGGCCGCCAAGUAGUGCUCAAAGUCGUUGUUCCUAGUUUCGUUAAUGGCUCCAUCAUUGGUGCCCAUGGUCAGACUCUUAAGGGAAUCAUGGAGCGUUCCAUGACUAACAUCCAAUUCCCUAAGCGCGAGGACGAGUCCUCCAGCUCAAAAAUGGAAGAUGAAGUUGACGAAAAUGAUGUGACUGAAAUUACAAUUUCUGGUGAGAUGAAUGGUGCCGAGAUGGCCCGUAAGGAAAUCGAAGAAAUUGUCAACAAGCGGACAAGCCAUACCACUGUGCAAGUCACUUCUAUUCCCUCUGACUUCUAUGAUUUGAUUCGUGGCCCUAACAAUUCGUCCAUCGAAAAGAUGGAGGAGGGCAAAGACCUGAAGAUUAACGUCCCCUUUGCCACGCCAGUCUCGGAGGGCCUCGUGGCUCCUAUCAUCGUUUCGGGUGAUAAGCAAGCUGUACGAGAAUGUGUCUUAACUCUUGAGGGGCUUCAUGAAGAGUUAAGUCGUACUACAAUUCCCACAAUGAUUUCUAUUCCUCGCCGUCAGCACCGUUUCAUUGCCGGCGAAAAGGCCUCGGGAAUUCAUGAAAUUGCAGAGAAGACAGGCUGUUCCGUUGUUUUGCCGACAGCUAAGGAUCCCACCUCUGAGCUUGUCAUUGUUCGCGGACCCGCCAUGGCCAUUAGUGAAGGUAUUCGGCUAACCAUGGAACGUGCUAACUCUACACUUAUUGAUGCCCUUAACAUUACACCUGCAUACGCUUCUGCCGAAGAUCCCUUUGCCCACGCCUGUAUCUUGGCUCGCUUGUUCACUCGUAUGAAGCUUCUCGCUCCUAUUGAAUCCUCUAACAGUGUUAACAUCUUUGUGCCAAAGCGUGAGGAACUCAAGACUUCUAAGAAGGCUGUUGUUCUUGAAAUCUCCGGCAAAGAAAAGGACGGUCUUCACAAAGCUCGUGAAGAGCUCGUCCAACUUGUCAACAAUUACCCCCCUUGGAAAUUCCACCAUGUCGAGAUUGAUCCUUUGCUUCAACGUUAUGUAAUUGGUGCCAAGGGACGUAACCUUCAACGCAUCAAGAAGGAUCACAAUGUUACCAUCCUCUUGGAGGAGAACGACCCCGAUGUUGUUCUUUGCUUCGAGGGCGAAGUUUCCGCUGAGGAGAAGCCGGAAGAUGUUCAAAACAAGCUGUCAGAACUUGCGGCCAAUAUCCAAAAGUUUGCUAUCGACUCUGCCAAGAUCACCUCUGAAACCCUGGAUAUUCCCUCGAAGUAUCACAAGUACAUUGUUGGACCCAAGGGUACUACUCUGAAUGCCAUUAUUGGAUCCUCUGAUGAAAAUGUAAUUGUCCAACUCGGUACUUCUUCCCAUCGCGAGAGCAGUACCGAAAAUGAUGUUUAUAUCCGCGGUUUCCAAAGCGACGUGGAGCGUAUUGCACGUGAAAUCAAGCAAAUUGUUCACGAAGCAAAGAAUACCGAAAUUCUCAACUCAUAUGUUGUUGAAUUUGAAAUUCCUCAAGAAUACUCUAAGAACAUCAUCGGCAAGAGUGGCUCUAAUGUUAUGAAGCUUCGCGAGAAGCUUGGAACUCAAAUUUCUAUUGAUGAUGGACACGUUAAGAUCCAAGGUAUCAAAAAGAACGUGGAAGAGGCUAAGGCUCAAAUUCUGAGCCAGGUUGAGGCUUUGAAGGACGACACCAUCCUUCGUUUGAAUAUUCCUCAUGAGUUUCACCGUGCCUUAAUUGGACCAAACGGUGUUUAUGUCCGUCGCUUAGAAGAAAAAUAUGAUGUUCGUGUCCGUUUUCCUCGUGAGAACGAAACAGAUGCUACGUCUUCUAGUGUUAUGCAACCCGCUUCAGCAGAUGAAGUUGUCAUUCGUGGUGGAAAGAAGAGCGCAAAUGCUGCAAAGGGGAGAGCUUAUGGAGUUGUUCAAUUACGAGAAAAAGAUGAAAUUGUCGGUCGUAACGGUAUGAACAUUGAGAACUUGCGAACCCAAUACGGUGUAAUGAUCGACAUCGAAGAUAGCGAAGAUUCUGAGACCUCGAACUUGAAGAUCAAGGGUGAGGAAGCCAGCGUCAAGGAUGCGGUGAAAACGAUCAACGAGGUUGUGACUGAAAUUGAGAACCAGGUGGAGAAAGUUAUCAUUAUUGAAAAUGAGCUGCAUCGCAGCUUGAUUGGACCGGGUGGUUCUACUUUGCAAAAAAUCAUCUUAAGCUGCGGCGGUCCUAGCGACCGUUCUAUUUCUGCUCGUCUUGUUAGCUUCCCUAAGGAAAGCAGAAAGGACAAGCCCAAUGAGGUCGUUCUGCGAGGCGAAAAACAAAUUGUUGAGGCACUUGCUGAGAAGUUGUUAGAAACGGCCGAGGAGUUGAAGAACAGAAGUGUACUGGAAAUGACAAUUCCUCAACGCACAGUUAGUGCCAUCAUUGGUCGUAUGGGCUCUACUCGUCGUGAUAUUGAGGAAAAGGCAUCUGUCAAAUUAAACAUUCCUAACCGUACAAAUGCUGAUACGGUCACCAUCAAGAUCGAAGGUAUUGCGGAAAACUGUGAACAAGCUAGAAAGCUUAUCGAAGAUAUUGUUGAGGCACAAUACCAAACGACUACUGAAGUUCCAAAAGCUUUGGCCCAACGUCUACUUCAAAGUAACAUUUUGCGUAAUGCAUACUCUCGGCAUCAUGUUUAUGUCGAUCGCCCCCAUAAAAUGGAGGCUGGAAAAACCACGAUUGCUGUCAUUGCAGAUGAAGAAGAGGCCGAGUAUCCUUGGAAACUUGUUCGUGAAGUAGUUGAUGAGGCUGAUACUCAAAGCUGGACUAUUCGCGGUCGCAAGGAAAACGUUGAGAAGGCCAUCAGCGCAAUCAACACUUUUGUUGAUCAACAAAAGAAUGGUAACUGCGUUGGUUACCUUAACAUUCCCUCAAAAUUCCAUCGUGUUAUCAUUGGUGCAGGUGGUUCUACUGUGAACAAGAUUCGUAAGGAAACAAAGACUCAAAUUGAUAUCCCACGUACUCCAGGAGACGAUAUUGUCACCAUUAAGGGUGAUGAGGCUAACGUGCAAAAGACACGUGAAUUAAUUAUUGAAGUCGUAUCUUCGAACUAA